AUGUUGGGACACGCAACAUCCUCGCCGUAUCAUCGACCGGCUGGCUCUGCACCGGAACCUCCCUACUACAACCCGAUGCCUAGCCUGCGUAUGGGCCCCAACUGGCAAAAUCCUGUUCACGGCGUCGGUGGUCUCCGCGCGCUGCAAUCGCCGUACUCGACCCAGCAGCUUCCCCCCGUUCAUUACGGUCCAGUCCCCACGAAUCCCCCGAGCAGACAUCAGCCUCAAAUGCCGGGCUCUGAAAGCGCUUUUGGACAGUCUUCGGUUUCCACUAAUAACAACCACCUUGGCACAUAUACGCCGCCAGUGACAUCGACGCCGCCGGCACCUGUGCAAGAUUCGCCGCAAUCAGGCGUGGAAAGCCCGUCAGUCCCAGAGCCCCCUGCUUCAGAGUUCACGGCUGCUCCGGCUCAGGCGCCACUGACGAGCACCAACGUCCAAUUCGGAUCUGCGCCGCCAUCAAGCGAUGGCCCAUUCCUAUACCGGUCAUAUCGUCCAACUGCAGGAGGCGGCUUUUCGGGGUCUUCCACGUCACUCAACAACCCGGUGCCUGCAGCACCGCCCGCAGAACGGCGGCGAGUUGUUGCAACUCCGCUACGCAGGCUAUCGCGGAGAACAUCGCCACCUUCAGAUCGGGAUUACGAUGAGGUGGAAUUUCGAAUGUUGGAACAUGCCAUGGGUUCGGUAGGUCGGGACAUUGACGACAAUCAUAUUCGGAAUGCGCAGAUGAUGCGUGGUUCCGUGACGACCAAAAUGGUUGCGUCCAUAUCCGCCAUUCAGUCGCUACAGAGCGUUGACGUCUCGGAUCUUUCGGAGAGUGAAAGAUCUUGCAUAAUCUGCUACAACGACUUUGGCGUAGAGACACCUGAAGGCGUGAAGGAGGCGCCCCUUCGCCUGCCCAAGUGCAAGCAUAUUUUUGGCGACCAUUGCAUCAAAAAAUGCGCCUGGAUGCUUCAGAUAAUGGCCUGGGGCGUCUUCGUCGUCUUCCUCUACCCCCAAUACUUCUCGGCUCUUCGAACCCUGCCCGGCCCCAAGGACAACCACUGGUUGAUGGGACAGUACCCCAGAAUCAUGCGCCAGCCGACUGGCAUUCCUAUGAUUGAAUGGAUCAACACAAUCCCCCACGAGGGCAUCAUUCGUUACCGCGGCCUAUUCAACCAAGAGCGCCUGCUCAUCACCUCUCCGAAGGCCCUUGCCGAGGUGUUGGUCACCCAUAACUACGACUUCCACAAGCCCACGGCCGUAAGAUCUUCGAUCGGCCGGAUCCUUGGAAUUGGUGUGCUGUUGGCCGAGGGCGACAACCACAAGGUCCAACGUAAGAACCUCAUGCCGGCAUUCGCCUUCCGCCACGUGAAGGAUCUGUACCCGCUCUUCUGGAGCAAAGCUUGCGAGGGUGUCGAUGCCAUCACCGACGCCGUCCUGACCGAGGCGGCCAAGCCUGCGGCCGAUGGGACCACGGACCCGGAGAAGGCGGCCCUCGGUCCCAAGACCGCCGUGUUGGAGAUUGGUAACUGGGCGUCGCGGACUACUCUCGAUAUCAUCGGUAUGGCCGGCAUGGGCCGCGAUUUUGGAGCUAUACGUGACCCUUCCAACCCCCUUAACCAGACGUAUCAGCACGUGUUCAAGCCCAGUCGCCAGGCUCAAAUCCUCGCCGUCCUCGGUCUCCUUCUUCCCGGGCCUCUCGUCCACGCCCUGCCAUUCAAGCGCAACGGCGAUAUCGCCAAGGCCGCCCAAAACAUCCGCGCCACCUGCCGCGAGCUCAUCCGCGAGAAGAAGGACAAGCUCGAGCGCAAGCAGCUCACCGACAUCGACAUCCUCUCCGUAGCCCUCGAAUCCGGCGGCUUCACCGAGGACAACCUCGUUGACCAGAUGAUGACCUUCCUCGCCGCCGGCCACGAAACGACCGCCUCGGCAAUGAUGUGGGCCAUCUACUGCCUCUGCCUGAACCCCGAAGUCCAAUCUCGUCUCCGCCUCGAGAUCCGCGAGCGUCUCCCCAUCCCCGGCACCCCCGGCGACAUCACCGCCCUCGACAUCGACCACAUGCCCUACCUCAACGCCGUCUGCAACGAGGUCCUCCGCUACUACGCCCCCGUCCCCAUGACCCUCCGCGAGGCCGCCGUCGACACCGUCAUCGACGGCAACAAGGUCCCCAAGGGAACGCGCAUCAUGCUCUGCCCGUGGGCCACUAACAAGGACACGGCGCUGUGGGGCCCCGACGCCGGCCGCUUUGACCCGGACAGGUGGAUGCCCCGCGACGGCGCCGACCCGGAGAGCAAGAAGACGGCGGCCAGCGGCGGUGCGACGAGCAACUACGCCUUCAUGACCUUCCUGCACGGCCCGCGCAGCUGCAUCGGGCAGGGCUUCGCCAAGGCCGAGUUCGCGUGCAUCCUGGCCUCCUGGAUCGGUCGCUUCGAGUUCAGCCUCAAGAACAAGGAGGAGUACGACGAGAAGAACAUCACCAUCAAGGGCGGCGUCACCGCGCGCCCGGCCAAGGGGUUGCAUGUGUACGUCAAGGUCAUUGAUGGGUGGUGA